UGUGAUCGCGUGACCCUCGAAGAAGUGGCCGGUUGUGGGUUUGUGAAUGUUUGAUAUGUGAUUGCCGUCGAUUCCAAACCCGACAACGUGCCUUUUUCUGAACGUGGAGCAUCAACCCGCACCCACUAUGGAGCCCUUAGAGUCUUGUCUUGCAGCGCUGCAGGACGAGAGCGUUCGGAAGCGAGCUGUUCAGGAUGCAAAGGAAUAUGCGAUCUCUCACGGUGUAUGCAUGAAGUCGAAGUCGCAUGAGCCAGAUAGCUACACGUUCGUGCCAUUCUGCCUGCUGCCGUCGCCGUACCCGCGCGAGGCCUUCCAGCAAGUGAAGGCAUUGCAGGAAGAUAUCAACCUACUCAUCCAUCGCGUGGCGCAUGACUACGAGUUUCUUCGCGAUUGCCUCCAAAGUACCAUCGAGAGUGACGAGUUCACAGCCUCCAUUUUUGACAUCUACGACAAGGUUCGGAAUGCUGGGUUUCCACAGCCACUGAGCCUGGGCCUACUGAGGAGCGACUACAUGCUUGACCUAAAAUCAGGCGACAACAAGGGGCUGCACAAGGCCUGCCCCAAACAGGUGGAGGUCAACACCAUCGCCUCCUCAUUUGGCGGAAUCUCGCCUCCACUUUACAAGCAGCAGAAGCACAUAUUGAGAAACCUGGGUGUUGUGGCUACAGAAGCACAGAUGCCUGAGUGCAAGACCGACAAACUCCUCUGCAACGGCCUGCUGGCAGCCUGGAAGGCUUACAAGAACGACAAGGCAGCAAUCUUGUUUGUGGUGGAAGAGGAGACGUACAAUGUGUGUGACCAGCGCAACCUGGAGUACGGCCUCUCUAAGGGGAAGAUGUCCGUCAAGGUGAUGCGCCGGAAGUUCUCUGAACUGCACGACUGCGUCAUCAAGGAGGGAAACCUCUUCGUUGAUGGUGUGGAAAUUGCUGUGGUCUACUACCGGACGGCCUAUACUCCGCAACAAAUGGAUGCCAAGAGCUGGGAGACACGCCUUCGGGUGGAGCUGUCUCGUGCCAUCAAGUGUCCCUCGGUGCAGUACCACUUGGCAGGCACCAAAAAGGUUCAGCAGGUGCUGGCACAGCCAGACGUCCUCGAGCGCUUCUUCACCAACAAGGUGACCGCCGACCGCAUAAGUGCUACCUUCACGGGGCUGUACUCCCUCGACCUGACUCCAAAAGGGCACAAGGCAGCUGAGGAAGCUAUCGCAAAACCUCACAACUAUGUGCUGAAGCCACAAAGAGAAGGCGGAGGUAACAACGUGUACGGUGAUGAUGUGCGGCACAAACUGCAAGCAAUGGGCCGCACAAAGGAGCGUGAGGGCUACAUUCUCAUGGACCUUAUCCAGCCACCCAUCACCAAAAACUACAUUGUGCGGCCAGGUGGUGAGGUCAGCGUGUGCAACGUCAACAGCGAACUUGGCAUCUUCGGUGUCAUCCUCGGGGACCAAGACGACAUCAUAGAGAAUUACGAGGCAGGGCACAUCGUCCGUUCAAAAACAGCUGGCAUGAGUGAAGGUGGCAUCAGUGCUGGCUUCGCCUCCCUGGACAGCGUUUUUCUAGUCUGAAUUGUGCAUUAUGCUGAGAAUGUUGCCGCAAUUUAAUUUGCUGUGUACAAAGUGUAGCGAAUCUUUAGAUGAUAACUAUAAUGCUAUUUUUUUACAGAUUGAUUAUAUUUGUACCUUUGAAAGGAAGAUCAC